AGUUAUAUAAAAAAUACAGUAAAAGCUAUGUGAAGUAAGUGAGAGAAUAAAACUUUAUCAUUUGUUUGCAAUUCUUAAUGAAAAUAUCAUGAAUAUUCACCGAAUCACAAGCAAAUAAGUUAAAUGACCGUUGAUAUUUAAAAUCAUCGUUGUAUGGAUUUGAUAGAUAGGUGACCCUUCCAAAACAGACAAAAUGUUUGUGGAUGUUGAGAGGCAGCUAAUAUGCCCUCGACUAAUAGAUUACCUGACUAUAGUCGGGGUACGAUACAGCAAUAGUAUUUCUAGACAAAAUACUGGGGCACAUGUGCAGAUUCCAGAGCUUCUUCGGAGAUAUCCCAUUCAAGAUCACAAAGAUUUUCCUAUGCCUUUAGACAUGGUUUAUUUUUGUCAACCUGAAGGUUGUUCUUCGGUAGGACCUCGAAGGACAGCGCUUAAGGAAGCUUCUUCAUUCGUAUUUACGUUAACUGAUAAAGAUUCCGGGAAGACUCGUUAUGGAAUUUGCGUUAAUUUUUAUAGACCUAUAGAAAAAUUACCGACUAAUUUAACUGUAGGUAAAGGAAAAGGUAAUACAACUUUACGGAGGGAUUCUUGGAGAAAAAGCAUGGAGAAGAGUUCCGAUUCUGCUUUCUCGAGCGACUACAGAAGUAGCAAUUUAGGUCCUAGUGACUCUGAAAAAGAUUGUCCAAGCAGAAGAGAUUCUGAACCAAUAACAACUAACCUUCCUCGAUUGGGCGUUAUACCAGCUAAUGAUUCUGAAAGCGGAGGAAGUCAUUCGCCAUCUCCUAGAGCUAGUCGUCGACGACAAAGAUUGCGAAAUUUAUCGUUAACAUCAUUAUGUAUUCUAUCGCAUCAUCCAUUUUUCACGAUGUUUCGAGAAUGUUUAUUCAUCCUCAAGAAAUUAAUUGAUGCUUGUAAUGAAUCUUCGAACCCAAGAAGAGUUGGCGGUUCUAAACAGCUGUUAAGGGAUACUGUUUGGAGUGUACUGACAGGUCAUGCUACAGAUACAACAUCUUCGAUUGUCAUUCAUGAUGUGAAAGAAAUUGAAACGUGGAUAUUAAGAUUACUUUCUUCACCUGUACCAAUACCUGGUAAAACUAGAGUUGAAAUUGAAAUAUUAUCAACAAGUUUAUAUGAUCCACUGGUGUUUGCGCUACCAAAUCAUACAAGGUUUAGUUUGAUAGAUUUUCCUUUACAUUUGCCCUUGGAACUAUUGGGUGUGGAGACAUGUUUAAAAGUAAUGACAAUAAUUUUAUUGGAACAUAAAGUAGUUUUUCAGUCGAGGGACUAUAAUGCUUUGUCGAUGUCUGUCAUGGCAUUUGUAGCAAUGAUAUACCCUCUCGAGUACAUGUUUCCCGUCAUUCCCUUGUUACCAACUUGCAUGAGUUGUGCUGAACAGCUUUUAUUAGCUCCAACACCAUUCGUUAUUGGACUUCCUGCUAGUUUUUUAAUGUAUAAAAAGAAUUUCAAGUUACCCGAUGAUAUUUGGCUGGUAGAUUUGGAUUCUAAUAAACUGAUAUUUCCAUCCGAGGUUCCUCCAUUGCCAGAGCCAGAGGGUACCAUCUUGAAAAACCAUUUAAAGCAAGCUAUAAUAAAUUUAUCAGCUCCGUCUACAGCAGCUCAACAACUGCAGUCUUCUCAAAGAGAAAGUACAUAUUUACAAAAUACUUUUAGUAUAUCGAAAAGUAGAAUGUCAGAUCCGGAAGAUAUUCAUCAACAACAAUCACCACAUAUUCCAACGGUUCGUCCUCCUUCACCUUCGACUGGUUUCAGUCCUUUCGUUUAUGGAAAUGAUGUUGAUUCUGUCGAUGUAGCAACUAGAAUAGCAAUGGUACGUUUCUUCAAUUCUCAAAAUCUAUUAGCUAAUUUCUCAGAACAUACACGAACUCUUCGUCUUUAUCCACGUCCCGUUGUGGCGUUUCAAAUCAAUAGUUUCCUUCGAUCCCGUCCAAGAACUUCAAAUUUUCUCAACAAAUUUUCGAGAACCCAAGCAGUGGAAUUUUUCGCCGAAUGGUCGUUAACACCGACGAAUGUCGCUUUCCAAAGGGUUCAAACAGGAGUUUUGGAUCCUUCUUUGAUAGGAGAUAAACCCAAGUGGUACAUGCAUACUUUGGAACCGAUAAAAUUCAUAGUAUGGGACGAUAACAGUUCGUUGAAUAGUGCCUUGAGGAGUAUGCAAACUGUGGAACAUCAACCAACAGACGAAAGCGGUUCUGAUUCUGAAGAAGGAGAAAGUACAAGUUCUAGUUAUUCAUCGUUGAGUGAUUUUGUUUCUGAGAUGGUAUCGUCGGAUUUAUCACCAGGUUAUACUUCUUGUCAAGAAUAUAGGAAAGCGAACGCACAAACAUUCCAUUUUUCUUCUAGUAUUGACGUUGAAACAGUUUAUAAUCCUCCAUCUCAGCUUCAAUAUCCUGAAGGUGAAAUUCCAGUCACAAGAUCAGAUUCUCCCCGUUCCACAUCUAGUAGCGAAUCUGACGUGAGUUCCCUUUCGUUCAAUAGAGACUCAGAACUAGAAUUUGGUCAUAGACUUAAAGAAGAGGCCGUAACAUCUUCGAAAAUCGAUAGAGACGAAACAGGAAGUAAUGAAAAUGAAUCUGAUUCUAAUUCUACUACAACACCCAAAACUGUUGUCAGCGCAAAUAACGCUAGAUCCAUAUCACCUACCAGUGAAUUAGAUAAAUCUAGUAGUUCGAGGAAAACGAGAAGAACAGUAACGCCGGUUCCUCCAAUAGGUCCAAUGUUGCAAAAACAACCCAGCGUCGGUAACGUUUUGGCGAGAACUGGUAGCUUCAGUUCAUCCGGUAAUGUGAGUCCAGUUCCUUUUUCAUCAACCAGUAGCAUGGUAACUAGACAAAACUCUCAAGGAUCAAUUUUUGAACAUUUCACUUCCCAAGCCAAAGAACUAGUCAAAGAAACUACUAGACAGAGUAGUCAAGACGGAAUUCUUGCUCAAAUGGAUAAGUUUACGUCACAAGCGAAAAAAGCAGCUGAAGAAGCUACGAAAAGUGUACAAGUAGCAGGAAAAAGCGCGAUAGAAGCAAGUAAAACCGCAACCGCUAUGAGUAAAACGACUCUAGAUGAUCUGACUUACGUUGGAAAAUCGACAUUGGGGGAUUUGACGAAAAGUGCAAAAGAAGCAGUUACGAAGAAAGGUUUAUUGAGGACUGAUUCGUUCACAAAACAAGAUCCGGGCUUAAGUAACACCGCAUUAGCUACCUCGAAUGUCAUAACAGGAGCCGGUAGAGAUUUUUUCUCUAAUAUAAGUUCAGAUAUAAAUGGUUUGGCCGUUUCGACGACCAACAUGUUUUCUGAUUUAUUUGGUAGUAAAAAAGAACAAACCAAAGUUGUAGAACAAAGACAGAGCGUUUCGAAGCCUAAAGAAUCAACGAAAAGUAUGUUCGGACCGUUUAAUAGAGGCCCCAAGGGGUUAGCCGAGAAAAGUCCUUUGAUAAAACAUACUUCCAGAGGACAGGAUGAAUUGCAGUGGAAACAAGUGGCUGACAAAACUACUACUAAUACCGAGAACCAAGCUUUUCUUAAAGAUGUCAUUACAAAUGUUUUGGAUGGCGAAGGAAUCGGUUGGCUCAAGCUGAACCGAUUAAAAAAGUUGAUGGAGGACGAAUCCUAUAGAAACUUUGUUUUGAGUAAACUGAACAAGACUAUAGAUAAAAAAAUAGGACCUGAUGAUCAUAUAGAUGAUGUGUGCGUGUCCAAACCUGUUUGGAAAGGAACUUUGAAAAUAUUAUUGGCAAUAGUUCAUGGAUUAGAAGUGACUUAUAGCAAUUUCGGAUUGGGUGGAAUGGCUUCAGUUUUUCAAUUGUGUGAAAUAGCCCAUACGCAUUAUUGGUCGAAAGAUAUGACCGAGAAUGUUCAUGAUAUGACACAGAGUUCCAGCCCAAGAUCUCCACAAAGCCCAAGAUAUUCUUUACAAUCUUCGGAUUGGGAUGCUUCGAGGAAAUCCUCGCAAGCAGAACCCCCAGAAGUGCGUUUAAUUCAAGGCGACGAUUCCGACAAAGAGCAAUCAACAAGUGAGGUUUUCAAAGACAUGCUUACCCAAAAGAAAAAUCUACUGUUGAGUAAACUGACGUCUUUCGAUUCAGACGGUGAGAGCACUGUGCAUGGUUCUGGAGGUACUCUAUCUCCUUCCGCUGGUUCUAUAACCAUGGGACCCGCUUGCAAUCUUAAUAGAGGCGGUAAUCAGGCUUCGUUUCGAUCCACAGUUUCCGAUACUGAAGUGGAAACUUUACAGUUUACAAAGAUACCAAAACAGCGUACCUCCAGUGUAUGGUCGAGUAAAUCCUCGUUGAGCACUGGAUUUAGAUAUCACGGUGGAAAUAUAAUCAACACUGCUUCAUCUCCGAGUCCAGAUGGUGUAAGAACUUAUUUAUUCGAGGGUUUUUUAGCAAAAGACAGAUCGACUCUUUGGGAUCAGAUGCAAUUUUGGGAAGAUGCGUUCUUAGAUGCUGUUUCUCAAGAAAGAGACAUGAUAGGAAUGGAUCAGGGACCGCAAGAGAUGAUGGAGCGCUAUAAAAGCUUGAGCGAUACCGAAAGGAAGAGGCUGGAACACGAAGAAGAUAAACUAUUAGCUACGCAACUGUACAAUCUAGUUGCAAUAUUGGUGAUGUUGAAUUGUAAUAAAGAAGAAAUCAAAAGGAAAAUCAGGAGAUUACUAGGAAAGAGCCAUAUUGGUUUGGUAUACAGCCAAGAAGUUAACCAACUGUUAGACCAGAUUACACAUUUGCAUGGAAAUGAUAUAGACUUGAAGCCUUUGGGGUCGAGACUUCUUCAUCGGCAAAGUUUUACAGUUCAUCAUGGCACCGACUGUACUGGAGAUCUUAGGUUUAUGGAAGUGAGGGAUGACGGUCUAGUAUUAAGGUCAGUUAAUGGUGUUAUUAUAGAACGAUGGUGGUUCGAAAGAUUGGUAAAUAUGACGUACAGUCCCAAAAAUAAAGUUCUGUGUCUUUGGAGGAGGAAUGGUCAACAGACGCAGCUACAUAAAUAUUAUACAAAAAAGUGUAAGCAGCUCUAUUACUGUAUAAAAGAUGCAAUGGAAAAAGGAGGUGUUGCAGGUACUGCUCCUGAAUUGGGAGGGGAGUUUCCCGUUCAGGAUAUGAGUACCGGGGAGGGCGGUUUAUUGCAGGUUUGCAUGGAAGGAGUAGGGUUACUUUUUGCAAACAGCAAGUUUUUCGUACGGAUAGUCCACAUAAGGAAAUGUUUCACCCAGAAAUCGAAUAUAUUUGUUAUAGAAGAAUUUAAUCCAAAAACUCGACAUAUUAUCCAAAGAAAGUACAAGUCACCAAUGGCUGACCAAAUCUGUUACUCGGUAUUGUGUGUCUUUUCGUACGUAGCCGCUGGAACUGAUAAGUCUAAAACCGUCAAAAAACCAGUAGACGUAUCGCAGUUCGAUAUGACUGCUAGUCUAAAAGUAUCCAGUCCAGUAGAAGCUCCUCCUGUAUUGACACACAUUACCGCCGUGCCUCCACCGCCGAGUCCCGAACCAGGAUCCGUUGCACCAAUCGGAGGUCCACCGAAAUAUCCUCCACCGGCGUUACCUCCGGGUGUAGCUCCGCCUGCUCCACCACCUGGCGUUAAAACGAUUCAUUCUCAAUUGUCGUUACCUUCUAGUAAACCUCCUCCUAUUCCCAGUAGAAGUAUGCAGUCCAGACAAAUGACCAUCUCUUCUCAACCACCUCAACCUCCUCCUCGACCAAAGUGACAUUAUAAACGAUACUCCUUACCGUUUAUUUAUGGGGCUGAUUGUAAAGGGCCGUCUUGUCUUCCUUGGGUGUGAUCUCCGUUUUAGUUUUAGAAUUGAGGCUAGAAACAUAUUCGUUUUUUUGAUUUUGAUAAUUUUUAUUUCCUGAUACAGAAAAUGUAGGAAAAAUAUAUGUAAUAACAGGAAAUGGAUCGGAAAGAUUUUUAUUUAUAUAUCGAAUAUUUGAUUAAUUUUUUUGGGUAUAUAAAAAGAAUUCUCUUAAAUAAACACUUUUGUAUUUCACUAUUUGUAUUUCUUUCACAAGUAAUUAACAGGAAAAUUUUCCAGAGUCGAUGGAAAAAUAUUUUUUGACAACCACUUUGAUACAUAAAUUCCUUCACAAGAAAAAAUAGGUCAAAAUAAUUGAGAAAUUCGGUCUCAAAGUUUGUAGUACCGAAAAUUAGACGAUUCAUUUUAAUUCCUCUUUGGUCCAGGAUUAAAAUUUUUAAAUGGGAAAAGGGACUAUAACAUUGAGUAAUAUUUUAGUGCAUCGUAAUUUUCUAUAAGUUUUCAUUUGAAAUAAUCUGUUAAUAAAAAUAUAAAAACCAAACCUAACCUUUUUUCCCUUUAGAUUUGAGGUGGAGGUUAAUGUCUGAUUCAAGGCUCGCCUGUAAAGUUGUUUUGGAGUUGUGUAGGGUUCACACCUCAUUCACACCCUCCUCGUUUUAAAGGAAAGUUGGAAAAAUGCUCCUCCUUCUAUUAUACCACAAUGGACCUCAGACAACCAAUCUAGAUCGAGUUUAUCCGUACUAAUCUAACCUAACUUAGUUUAUCUUGACUAUUCCUACUAUUUCCUUCUUAAUUCCUCUGUGGUCUCUAUCCUUGAGCUCUUUUUUUCAUUAGUAUCAAAACGUAAUUGUACGUCAUCCUUUUUUCGAUCGAACUUAACCUAAUCUAAUCUUACAAACCCAAUUUAAUCUAACGUAACCUUUUAUAACCUAACUUAAUCUAACCUUUUUUUUGGUCCUGAGGUGGGGUGGAAGCUAAUGUCGUCCUCACAGCGGGCGGGUGCAAUGCUGUGAGUUUGUGUGGGACUCUCACCCACUAAACCACCCUCUUCCUUCCUAAAUCUUUGGGAGUUGCGAACGCCGGGAGGACAACAAGUUGUUACUACAUAAGCGUAACAUAAUCUAACCUAAGCUGAUUUGAUUAAACGUAAACUAUCAUAACCUCACUGAAUCUAACCCAACCUAACCUAAUCUAACCUAUUCUAACCUAACCUUUUUUUGUCGAAAGGGAAUUUGUUGGAGAAGCAAUCUUUAUAGACACCCGAUUUAACCAUUUUUUUUCUGAUUCUGAACCUCAACUCUGUAUGCAUUUUCCCAUUCUUGUUUAUUCCUUACUUCACUGCCUAUGAACUAUGUCUGUUUACAAGGCCUAACCUAGCCCAACCUAACCUAAUGUUACCUAACCUAACUUUAACCUAAUCUAAUCGAAUCGAACCUAACCUACUAUCCUAAUCCUAAUCUUUUACGAGACGGUUCUUCCUAUUCUUUAAGAGGAUAUCCGGAGGCAAUUUGUAUUUGCAACGAUCCUCUUCUUCAUUUUUAUGUUCUUUCCAAUAUUCUGAGCUCCCUAUAUAGUUGUUACCUUUUUUACCAAUGCUGGGAGCUUAUCUAUUUUUUUCUCAAUACUUUCUCCCUUGCUCUUCCCAAUAACCACGUUCAUCCUAGGUCAUUUCAGCUACCAGCUAAGUCAUCAGCUGUCCUCUUCAUUUCCUUGACUUGUGAAGAGUUGCGGGGCUUAGAGAAUCAUCUACUUCAUAGAUGAAGCACUUCUUGCUACCAUGACGGCAACUGGCGGAUCGCUGGAGAUUCUUCCUCUGAAUCGCUAUCAAUUUUAUCUAUCGCAUUGGUUUUUGUUUUUUAUUUUGUUUCUAAAAACUUACGUAACAUAUAAGAUCACACUCCUUACUAAAGCUUAUUAAAGUCUCCCCAGAUCCUGUUAAGUUGGUCAUAUUCUAAACACACUGUUUACACUACUACAACAACAAACAAAAUUCUAAUGUUUGACGCGUGUCUCUGAAGAUGAUGAUUUGGUAAUGGAAACGCGCGUCAGAUAGUGUAAUUAUGAGUGUUGGUGUAGUGGUAUUGAAUUCAGUAUAAUCCUUUUAAGCUAAUUCAGCUCUGGUUUUGCUGCUAUUGGAAUUUCAUUAUUUCUUGUCCACUACAACUAGUUGGGAGUACGCAUCAUUUUAGAAUCAGCCCCCGCGAAACUUACCUAUCGGUAAAUACAUUUUGAGAUCGAAUUUUCUAACGCCCCCCUUCCUAGAAAUUCUAAAAGAUAUUUUAUUCUUUAGACACUAAGAAAUUUUUUGUAAUUUUUUUAAGUUCUAAUAAUUUCUUACAUACUUUUAGGGAAAGAAAGUUUUUUUUGAAUUCCAUCAUAUCGUAAACGAGAAUUUUUAAAAUUUAUGAUCGUUUUUUGGGUAGUUUAGAUCCUACGAAUAAAUUUAAACAAAUUCGAGUGAGCAAAUUGUAUAUCGUAAUAACUAUUGUGCCUCAAUUAUAGUUUUAUGUAUAGAAGUGUUCUGUAUAUAUAUAUGAAUUUAUUUAUUUGUAAAAAAAAACAUGAUUUUAGUGAGCAAUACUAGUCACUUUUGUUGUUGAAUUAUUUAACAGAAAUGCUUGGAAUGUAUGACGUUUUACAUGUUAAUAAAAUUAAGAAAAA